UUGGAUUGUAAAUUGAUUAGACAAAAAUGAUUGAAAAUAUCGAACAUCAACAUGGUGGUGGUGGCUAUCAGGCACAAAAUUCAUGGACAAUUUUCCGCCAAAUGAUAAUACCGUUUUUCCUAUCCGGUUUAGGUUGUGGUUUGGCCGGUAUUGUUUUGAAUCAUGUUGCUGAAUGGCCCGUUUUCAUUGAUAUACCACAAAUAUCAAUAAUGGUACCAGCAUUUAUCGGUAUGAUUGGUAAUAUUGAAACAACAUUAGCAUCACGUCUGUCGACUAAUGCUAAUCUUGGUCGUAUGGAUACAUGGAAAGAUAUUGGUCAGGUUGUUGGUGGAAAUUUCCUAGUUAUUGAAUGUCAAUCAAUAUUAAUGUCAUUAUUUGCUGCAUUUAUGUCAUUAUUAAUAUCGACAAUUCGUGAAACAACUCGUGAUAAAAUCACAUUAGAAACAACAUUUAUUUUAUGCGCCGGUUCUGUAAUAUCAUCAAUUCUGGCGAAUACAUUGAUUGCAUCAAUAGUUACCAUACUAGUUAUUAUUGGUCGUCGUAUUAAUAUUAAUCCAGAUAAUAUAUCUGCACCGGUUGCGGCAUGUAUGGGUGAUGCAUCAACAGUAGCAAUUCUUGCCAACAUCAAUAGUUUACUAUAUAGUCAGAAUCCAAAGAAUCAGCUAUAUAUUUCAGUAACGAUUCUUGCCAUAACAGUUUUGAUUAUGGCACCUGUAUUUAUUUAUUUAGCACGUCAUAAUAAUUCUACACGUUCGGUUAUAUAUUCUGGUUGGAUACCACUGUUAGCUGCUAUACUUUUAUGUAAACCAGCCGGUUUAAUAAUGGAAUUAUCAAUGGAACAAUGGCCAGUUAUAUCAACAUUUUUUCCAUUAGUUGAUGGUGUUGGUGCACAAGCUGCCGGCCUACAAACAAGUCGUAUUUCAACAUUUUUACAUUCAACAUCACAAAUGACAAAAACGAAACAAGAUUCUUCAUCAACUGAACUUCAACAACAACAAGAGCGACAAACAACGAAAAAAUGGUUUUUUAGUCCAUUACAUGUAUUCUUUUCGAAAGAAUUACAUUCAAAAUUAGUAAGAAUGUUAACAUUCAUAACACCAAUAUCACAUUUAAUAUUUUUAUCAAUUAUAUUCGGUGUACAACAUUUAUUAAAUGAACCAUCAUUUCAUUUUACAAUAGCAUUUAUUCUAACACAUUUAAUAGCUGUAUUUUUACAAAUUAUAAUAUUAUUAUAUUUAUCUUAUUUGGCUGUAUUUUGGACAUGGAAUCAUGGUAUAAAUCCAGAUAAUUCUGUAAUGCCUUUAGCAACAACAUUAUCCGAUUCAUUAGGUAUUUGUUUUAUAACUAUUGGUUUUCACCUGUUGAAUUUAUUUAAUGAUAUU